AUGUCUUCUGCUGUAGCAGAACUGGAUAACUACCUCCAGUCUAUGCUGGCCCUUAAACCUCCUGGUGUUUCGGGCUCUAAGAUCAACAGUAUCACGUCGCUGUGCACUGCGAAUGUCCAGAACGAAUCCGUCCUCAUCCAAAAGAUCUACACCCAUUUCAAAAAGGCACCGGGAACACACAAGUUGGGCGUACUCUAUGUCGUAGACUCUGUAACUCGACAAUGGGUAGAAGCAGCACGCAAACAGGGCCAACCCUCUGGGAGCGCCGCUCCGGAUGGCACCUUCGCCGCUGGUGUUAACAGAGUGACGGAAUUACUCCCCGUCUUGAUGACGGAUAUCAUAAACAAUGCGCCCGAAGAUCAAAAGAUUCUCUCCAGGUUUGCGGAUGUUGAAUCGACCACUCCGGAAGGAUCACCGGCGCCUAAUUCUAACUUGUUCGGAGGUGCGCAACAGCAGGCUCAGGCCAACGGUGCUCCGUCUUCGGGGACACCUCAGUCUGCGCCCGACACGUCCAGUAUUCUGAAAGCGCUGGCCGACAUGGCCAAGCAAAACACUGCGGCACCUCCUGCGCCCGCGGUCCCAGCCCAGACUAGCCCGCUUAGCGCGUUAAGCCAGCCGCAAGGUGCAGCUUCCCAGCCGGUGUCCUCCGUAGAGCCGGCCGCGAAUGGGCACGCUGGCGUAAACCCUUUUGCUGCGGGAGCCAUGGCGCCAUUUGCCGCCCUCAGUAAUGUCGCCCAGAACCCUGCCUUGGUGCAACCUCAGAGUCAGAGCCAAACGCCCAACCCACUGGGUGCCGCUCAAAACCCACUUGCCGCGCUGCUGCCGCAGGCGACUGCAGCUCCAGCCCAGACGACGCCGAGCCUUGCGCCCGAUGCCCUGCAGCAGCAGCUCCAGCUCUUGCAACUGUUGGCCGCGCAAGGGAUUCCCCAGGAGCAGUGGGCCACAGCCCUGCAGUUGCUCAGCUUCUCCAGUGCCGCGAACAUGGGCAAUGUGGCCGCCGGCCAGGUGCCCGGAUUCAAUCUGGGGGCGCAGAAUGUGAACGCUUGGGGCGGCCGUGCUGACUCGCAGUCACGUGAUUUUGACCGGGACCGUGAGCGCGACUAUAUGCGUUCUCCCCCCGGUGGCUACCGUCGUCGCUCGCGCUCUCCCGGCUGGGACCGACGCCGUGAUGUGUCUCCACCCCGUCGCCGCGAUAGCCCGGUUUAUGGUGAAUAUCACGGUGACUCGCCCGGCCGUCGGGGCGACCCUCGUGGCCGUCGCGGCAAUGAUUAUCGCCAGCGCAGUCCUCCCGGCCGGAGACGUCGUUCUCCUUCGCCUCGCAAGGACCCCAAUCUGCCUCCUCCUGGUCCGAAGUUGGUCGAAUGGGACUAUUCCAUCGGUCAGGGUAACAUCAAAGUUCUCAGCAGAACUCUUUUUGUUGGCGGUGUCACGUCAUCUGAGGCCCACUUGCGCUCCCUGUUCGGCAAGUUCGGCAUCGUUCAAACAUGCAUUGUCAACAUCGACAAGCGCCAUGCGUUCAUCAAGAUGAUCAGCCGCAACGAUGCGGUCCACGCUCGCGAAGGAAUGGAGUCAUACAAGGCUGGUGAUAUGCAGCUUCGGACCCGGUGGGGUGUUGGCUUCGGCCCCCGUGACUGCAGUGACUACCAAACCGGCAUCAGUGUCAUCCCGAUCGAACGUCUGACUGAAGCCGACCGUAAAUGGAUGCUCACUGCCGAGUAUGGUGGCACUGGUGGACGGCCCAUUGAAUCUGGCAUGGUCGUGGAAGAACCCGACAUUGAAAUCGGGGCCGGUGUUUCCUCCAAAGCCAUCAGCAGACGUAUUGCGACCGACACCGGCGGCAAACGUGGGCCCAUCUCGUCUCGCACUCAGCAAGACCGAUUCCGUCGACCCGAACGCGAUGGACCGCCACCUGGCAUGGGUCCUGGUGGCCAUGGCGGCCCACCAGAGCGGGAUACCUCCAACGCCAACAACGUCGGUGUGCCGCCUGCGGUCCCCGGCUUUGGCUUCUCGUUCCCCGGGAUGCCGAUGUUUCCUCCUGGCUUCAUGAUGGGUGGUGCUCAGGCCGGUUCCAACGCUUCGACACAACCUCCUCCUCCCGGCCAAGGAGGCAGCUGA